GAGUUCACACUCUGAGCGGAGCAGGACAGAGAAGCAGCGGUACAGUAGAACAUGGGAAGUCAAAAUCACUGUCCACUUGCAACUGCUCGCUUCCUGCAGGACGGGGCAGCUGCGACGUUCCUGCAGUGACAUCCUUUCUGAAUUCAUUAAACACCGGGAAACUUUGUCAAGUGCAAGAAAUGGAGAUACUCACUUUUACAUUGUCAGCCUGGCUACUAUUGUUCAUCGAGCGGAGCACAUUUACCAGGGCGAUGAUGAGUGACGUUGGAGACUAUGUAGGUACAGACAUUGAAAUAUCCUGGUUACCUAAUCUGGAUGAGUUAAUGAAGGGUUACGCACGAAAUUUUCGCCCUGGGAUAGGAGGCCCCCCUGUGAAUGUAGCAAUGGCUAUUGAAGUAGCCAGCAUCGAUCACAUCUCAGAAGCUAACAUGGACUACACCAUGACCGUGUUCCUACGUCAGAGCUGGAGGGACGACCGCUUGUCGUACAACCACACCAACAAGACACUGGGCCUGGACAGCCGCUUCGUGGACAAACUCUGGCUGCCAGACACCUUCAUCGUCAACGCCAAGUCGGCCUGGUUCCAUGACGUCACCGUGGAGAACAAGCUGAUCCGCUUGCAGCCGGACGGAGUCAUCCUCUACAGCAGCCGGAUCACGUCCACGGUGGCGUGUGACAUGGAUCUUACCAAAUACCCCAUGGACGAGCAGGAGUGCAUGCUGGACCUGGAGAGCUAUGGCUACUCCUCGGAGGAUAUUGUUUACCACUGGUCCGAGAGCCAGGCACAGAUACACGGCCUGGACAAGCUGGAGCUGUCGCAGUUCACCAUCACAGACUACAGAUUUGUCACGGAGAUGCUGAACUUCAAAUCCGCUGGCCGCUUCCCGCGGCUCAGCCUGCGCUUUGAACUGAGACGGAACCGGGGAGUCUACAUCAUCCAGUCCUACAUGCCCUCCAUUCUAUUGGUGGCAAUGUCCUGGGUGUCCUUCUGGAUCAGCCAAUCAGCAGUGCCUGCGAGGGUAUCGCUAGGUAUCACCACAGUGCUCACCAUGACGACCCUGAUGGUCAGCGCCCGGUCCUCCCUCCCCCGAGCCUCCGCCAUCAAAGCCCUGGACGUGUACUUCUGGAUCUGCUACGUGUUCGUGUUCGCCGCCCUGGUGGAGUACGCCUUCGCCCACUACAACGCCGACUACAACCGCAAGCAGAGAGCCAAGAUCAAGGCCAGCAAGCUCAGCUCGGAGUCCAUCGUGAAGAACGGGAAGCAGGCCAUGGUGAUGUUCUCGCUGUCGGUGGCGGGCAUGAACCAGGGCCUCAUGGUGUCCAACCGGCAGACGCGGGCUCAGCGGGCCGCCCAGGCGCCGGGCGGGUCCGAGGAGGUGGAGAACGGGAAGACCAAGGCCCGGACCGCGGAGGGGUCGGAGGAGAAGAAGGGCGGCCGGAAGUCCGUCUGCAAGCCCAUCGACGCCGACACCAUCGACAUCUACGCCCGCGCCGUGUUCCCGGCCGCCUUCGCGGCGGUGAACGUCAUCUACUGGGUGGCGUACACCAUGUGACUGCGCAGGCAGCCGCGGGAAAAUGCGCCUUUUUACAGUGACAAACUGGACCGACUGUGGCAGUUUAAUUCAGUGACUUUUAUACAGGGAACUGUCCUCCCCCUGCAUUCCAAAUGGAAACUUUUGCAAUGUAUUGAUUUUAAAAAGCCUCUGAAGGGAAGGACUAGUCCCUUCUGGGCUCGAAAGCAUAUGCAAUCUAUGUAUAUAUGCCAUGUACUGACUGGGGGAAAACGUGUGCACGGGAAUGUGAAUGAACCCUCGAUUCUCAUUGGGCAGCCUGGGUCACCUGACCCCUGCGACGCUUGCAUCGCCUCACCUCAUCUCACCUUAUGUCGGUUGCCGGAAAGAUUGCCUUUGCUGUUUCUACGGCGAUACUGGCAGUCUGUCUCCCUACCAUGUUAACGGAUGGGGAAGGCUCACUGAAUGAAAAAACAGGGUUUAUUUAGCAUUUUUAACAUUGUUCUUUAUAUUUCAAGAUUUAAGACAGAUACGUUAAAAACAUGCAGGUACAACAAAAGUUGUGCUGCCAAAUGCCGAAUGAUCAAAAUAAUGUAUGUUAGUCUGCAUGGCUGUUAACCCUCCUAGUUCUAUCAUCCAAAUGCACAACCCCCCUCCCCCCCUUGUUUUUUCUCUUUGAACUCCCCCGCCUUUUCUGUUCACUUUAUUUUGAUUUUAUACGUGCGGCUUCUUAUCACUUCCGACCAGUCCUGCCUGUCUCUAGAUUAUUAAAAGCAGUUCCCUCAAUA